CCUUCCCGCGGGGAGGAGCCGCGCGCACCUCCCGCCGCCAGCCGGCGCUGUGGCGCAGCCUUCGUUCUCCGGAAGCGGCCGAAGGACGGCGGAGGCGACGGACGAUGGCGGAGCAGCUGCGGGCGGACGGCGUGCACAAGGAGGUGCUGCGGGAGGGCACCGGGCCGCUGCCCGACUUCCGCGACGGUACCAAGGCCACGUUCCACUACCGGACGCUGCGGUGCGCGCCCGAGGAGACGGUGCUGGAUGACAGCCGGGCGUGGGGCAAGCCCAUGGAGCUGAUCGCCGGAAAGAAGUUCAAGCUGCCCGUGUGGGAGGCGAUACUGCGCACCAUGCGGCCCGGCGAGCGCGCCCGCUUCCGCUGCGAGUCCAAGCACGUGGUGCUGUACCCCCUGGUGGCCAAGAGCCUGCGCAACAUCGCGGCGGGGAAGGACCCUCUGGAGGGGCAGCGGCACUGCUGCAGCAUCGCCCAGCUGCACGAGCACUACUCGCUGGGCUACCCCGACUUGGACGAGCUGCAAAAGAACCCCCAGCCCCUCAUCUUCGACAUCGAGGUGCUCAAGGUGGAGGAGCCUGGCUCCUACCAGCAGGACCCCUGGGCCAUGACAGAUGAGGAGAAGCUGCAGGCCGUGCCCCUGAUCCACCAGGAGGGCAAUGAGCUGUACCGGCAGGGCAAGGUGCGGGAGGCAGCCACCAAGUACUACGACGCCAUCGCCUGCCUCAAGAACCUGCAGAUGAAGGAGCAGCCUGGCUCUCCAGACUGGAUCGAGCUGGACCAGAAGAUCACCCCACUGCUGUUGAACUACUGCCAGUGCAAGCUGCAGAGUGAGGAGUACUACGAAGUGCUGGACCACUGCUCUUCCAUCCUCAACAAGUACGAGGACAAUGUCAAAGCCUACUUCAAGCGGGGCAAGGCUCACGCGGCCGUGUGGAAUGUGGCCGAGGCGCAGGCUGACUUCGCCAAGGUGCUGGCACUGGACCCCUCACUGCGCCCUGUGGUCAGCAAGGAGCUGCGCAGCCUGGAGGUGCGCCUGCGCCAGAAGGAUGCAGAGGACAAGAUCCGCUUCAAGGGCAUCUUCUCCCAGUAGAGCCCGCCACGCUCUCCGGGUCAGGUUCUGUUAGAUAUUCCACAUGUGGAAUGGUUAUCCAUGUUUAUUAAUGUUUAAUACAACGUUUAUUGGAAGUCAGCGGAAGGCGCGUGGGAUUUCGGUGUGGCGCAGAAGGCACAGUGUUACGUGCUGGACCAUUGGAUGGCAGUAGAAGCAUGGAUCUCCUCACUGAGCCCCAAACUGCGCCCAGCGGCACAACGGUGGGAAAUCCAGUGGAGGAAACGAGCCCAGGCCAACGCUCUUCCGUGCUGCUUUUUAUUCCUUGUUUGGUUUUUAUCCUUUCUGUUGGGCCGAGCUGUGCUGUGUGGGUCUAGGUGAGCCCAUUGAUGGCUGCAAGAGCUCCAGUGCCAAGGCUGUGCCCCAUGUCCUUCCCUUCCAUGCCACAUCCUGCAUUGCCACUUCGCAAGGCUGCUGCUGCCAGCUUGCAGCUGCGUUUCCUCUGUACUGCAUCGCAGCAGAGCUGUAAACUUUUUAUCUGAACUGCUUGUUUCCACUACGUAUAUAAAGCCAUGAUCAUGCUAUACCGAGAUAAACACAAGUAAAACUCAUCACAGAAAGACAUCUGGUCAAGUAGAAAAAGUGCUGUUAGAGAUAACCAAGUAAAACCAAAGGGCAAAUAAGAGCAGUUGGGUGCUACCACCUUCCGUGACACCUGUGGGGCCCUGGGCCAGCAUCACUCUGAGGCUGUGGGGGUACAGAGCAGACAGGCAGCCCCAGCAGCUCUGCUUUACAUUGCUUUAUUUC